AUGACUACAUUCCAGUCACAGGAACACAGACCCUUCAACCUCUUGGAAAGAGACCGGAAACAGGGCAGAUUAUGUGACUUCACAUUCUUUGUAGGUCCUACUAUUUGAUAAUUCUGACGUAUUCAAAGGCGAAUGGUGUGUGCAUUGUGGCUCACAAGGUUGUUCUCGCAGCCACGAUCCCCUUCUUUAGAGAGGUCUUCCUUCAUGGAGGGGGAUGUGCCGAAUUCGAGGAGCUAAAGCGGCUUUCGCCUGAGUAAGUGUGCCACAUGAAUUUCUCCUGACGUGGUUCAUAGGAUGAUAGAAAUGAUCAUUAGUUUUGCGUACAAUGGAAGGAUUGAGAUUACGGAAGCCAACUUGCGUGAGCUGUUGGAGGUGGCUAAAAAACUGCGAAUAGAUCGUUUGAAGGCACGCUGUGCUGAAUACAUUUCAACGCGGUAAGUUACCGGAAUCCUUUGAGUUGAGCACUUUAAAUAAUAGCGUUGUGAACAGGAUUGCAGUUGGCACAUUUUUACAGGAUUUGUCAUUUAUUAGAUUUGACGGCAGUUGCAAAUGACUUGCGAGAAGGAAUCAAUUGGCUAAGUAAUAUAAGUAAAUCAUUUCUAGUUUGUACGCUAUGGUUACCUAAAACGGGGGGAUGUGGGCUUGUCUCCAUUAUAGGGAUCUUUGGUCGAGUUAUUCGUUCAACUUGAAAUUUCUUCUAACCUAAAAUUAGAAGGAAAUUUUCGAUUUUGAGUUCAAACAACAAUGUUCAUCUAGGGCUUAAAUUCUUAGAAAGUUAAAUUAGAGCACUUGACAUAACUCAUGAAAUAAGCCCGGAUCAAUGAAAAAUCGCUAAUCAAUCGGAAACCCCUCCAUGUGUAUUCACCAAAACACCUAACUGAUAAGGAAUAAGCCUCUAUUAAGUGAAAACUCAAAAGAUAUUUUGAAAGGACCAUUUUAUUAGUCAGAAAUAAAAAUUUUCUUAUGAAAAGCAGAUAUGCCGAAGACGCGAAAAUUCACGUCGAAAAAGUAAACUAAUUUUUAAAAGUAAAUGAAGCCUGUCUUUGCAAAUUGCUGAGGAAAUAAAGCGGUCUGAACAUAGGAACGCCUGUGAAAUUGUUUUUUACAUACUAUUGCAGUAUACAUAAUCCAAGAAUAAGUGUACUGUAGGCUCUGCAAAAACGUCCCACCGAAAUUGCCCAAAAACUGGCUAAGCCAUUGUCCGUGUUGUGCCAGAGAUCGUUCGACACUGGGAUUCUUCCAUGGGUUGGAAAACACCCUACCGUACAUCGAUUCACAAAAGUGGUAAUUGUGCAAUUGCGACCGGCUGCAGACCCGUCGGCUUGACAUCAAUCUGCUGCAAAGUCAUGAAGACCAUCGAAAAGGCAUUGGUGAGUUUUUUGGCAAACCCACAAUAUCUUGUCCAAUGUACAAUACCACUUUCGUAAGAGAAAAUCAGGUGUAGGGAACUUGCUUUACAGAGUGGGAAGCUGGUCAUUUUCACUCGAUUAAAAACUGACUGUGCAGGCCUGCAUUGAAGGCUGCUGCCGACUGCCAUCAUUGUGAUGCCUAGCGUUCCUGUUGGACAUCCUGCUGCCUCAAGGUCAUCCUCUGUCGCAGCGAGCGGUUUCGGACGCGCGUUGACCCGCAAUCCCCCGACUGACUUCAACUCGGACACAAGUGAGUCCACACAGUCGCAGCUGCUCUUGAGCCGCUUGAGCACACCAUCCCUCGUCGAAUGAAAUACGCGCCAAUUGGACAACACUUGAGCUGGCUCCACAAACCCAGUUAAGUAGUAGUCUCCGCUUGUCUCCUAACAAGGUCAACACAUGCCCUGGCCUUGCCAGCGGUCAUUGCUGCCGGAGAGGGCGGCACAGGGUUCUGUAUACAAUAAGCCCCUCAUUCUGGCGACUCCCGGCUUUUCCCUCAGCUCGAGAUUUAGCCUGAUGAUUGCAGUGCUCUUUGUACUCCCAUUACUAGGUGUUUCGCCCCACCAUCUCCUGUACAAGUUGAGAUAAAUGGGUAUUAGGAGCAAACUUCUUGAGUGGACCGAGAUCAUUCACAUUUCAGCGACGAUUCCCAACUCGUUGACUAGCAGCUACUCGACUGACUUGAGCUCAGUCACCCCUGCGUCCACACAGUCGCAGCUGGCCGUGUGCCACUUGAGCACAUCACCUCUCGCUUAAUACAACACACCAACAGGACAGCACUUGAACCGGUUCUCUUACAAAAGCAGCUGCCGCCACUUGUUUCACCCUCUCUCUCUCUCUCUCUCUCUCUCUCUCUCUCUCUCUCAGGCACGACCUAACACCGUCAGCACAUACCCUGUCUCCGCCAGCGGCCACUGCUGCCUAAGAGGACAACUCGGGCGUCUGAGUGCAAUUAGCCCCUCAUUCUGGUGAUAUCUGUCUUUUCCCUCAACCGGAGACUUGGCCUGAUGAUUGUAGCGCUCUGUGUGCUCCCAUCGCUUAGACACUAUAGGGCCCUCCAUAGUGUUUCGCACCAACGUUGCCUGUACACGUUGGAUAUUAGGAGCAAACGUCUUUAACGGUUUAAGAAUUUCCUCAUCGGUCGUCCCCAAGUUCUCUGUGUAGAGUAAUAGCACUCAAGGCUUACAACCACAGAAAGUGGAGUCCCACAAGGUUUAGUACUGGAGCCGACCCACUAGGUUCUGUGUACAAUAAGCCCCUCAUUCUGGUGACUCCCGGCUUUUCCCUCAACUCGAGAUUUGGCCUGAUGAUUGCAGCGCUCUUUGUAUACUCAGUGCAAGGCCUUCGAUUGUGUUUUGCCCCACCAUCUCCUGUACAAGUUGAAAUAAAUGGGUGUUAGGAGCAAACGUCUUAAAUGGACCGAGAAUUUUCUCGCCGAUCGUUCUCAAGUUGUCUGUGAAAAAGUGACAGCAAUCAAGGCGCACAGUCAUAGAGGGUGGAGUCCCACAAGUUUCAGUACUGGGAACGACCCACUUUUCUCCUGUUUACUAAUGGUCGUGCACAAGAACUGGAUCGGAUGUGUCAGGUUUGCGGAUGAUAUGAAAAUCUGGAAAGUCAUCCACAGUGCUACCGACGAAAUGGACUUCCAAGCAAAUCUUUGUCGGUUACAAGAGUGAUUCCGAAGAUGACUCCCGUCAUUCGACUGAAACAAAUGCACCAUGCAUCGUCUCGGGAAUCUAGGCCAGGUCUCUGAUAGGUGCACCUACCAUCUGAACGGAAUACCAUUCCGAGAAGCUGAAACACAGUAAGAUCUCAGCGUUUUGGUGGCUAACACUCUAAAGCCUUUUACAAACUGUUGUACGGCGACUGAGGGCACGACUGCAAUGCUGUGUGCUAUCAAGCGGACAUUCAGAGUUUUCGGCGAAGACCACUUCUCCAAAGUCCCUGGUAUUCUGCAUCCUAAACAUGCGACCAAAAUCUGGAGUUCCUGGACGCAGCAGGGUUAUAGCCAACACGAGAGAGCGCAGGGCCGAGCCACACAAUUAGUAAGAGGUCAAGGGGCACUGUUAUACGAAACUCACCUAAGUAACCUAUAUCUCCAUCCUCAGAGUGUGUCUCGAGGAAGAUUCGAUGUAAAAACGUAUUUUCUCACAAACCGUGUAGUGAAACCAUGGAAUACCUUGCCUGAGUCGAUUGCAAUGUCUCAGUCUGUGGAGACUUUGAAAUAUUGCCUUUACAGACGCAUGCUGCAACACUAAGCGGACUACGGGACUAUUUAACCUCCAAAACAAAGAUGAUUAUGUGAAACUAAGUCUGCUUCCACGGAACACUGUAAUUUCCCUACAUUUUUGUUAAUUCUUGCGGGUUGUAUGUGAUAAAUGGGGAGGUCAAAGAGGUAGGCGUAUUUUCCUCAAAUAGACUGAACUAAACUUCACAUAGUUAAGAGCGUACUGUUUGGUCGUGUUGCUCUAAAGCAUGUUGCGAGAAUAUUACGUAAUUUUUUUCCGUUUUCGUAUUGUUCAAGAUGCAGCCAAUUAAAACGGAGAUAAUUUCGCUCGAUUUUGUUGGUAGAGCCGUCACAGAAAAAUCAGUUUCCAUAAGGUCACAUGUUGAGAGGCCGGCCAGCGACUAAGAAAUUAAAGUAUAAUUAGGGGAUGUAAUUGUAAACACAUCGUUUUCUGUGUAUAAAAUGAACUUGUUGUGACCAGGCGGUGUGAAUGUGAAUGUCUGUACUCAAAGCGCGACUAUCGUCAGGCUAAAUCGCAUGUUUAAACGAGGAACACGGAAGGCACCAGAAUGAGAGGUUUAUUGUGCACAGAAACCGGAGUUGUCCUCUCAGGCGGCGGUGGACACUGGCGGAGCCAGGGUUGAUGUUGACUGCGUCCAGUCAUGCCUGAGAGCCCCUGAUAUAGUGGUGGCAGCCGCAUUUGUAGUCUCGUGGGCCAAGCUCAAGUGGUGUCCAGUCGGGGUGUUUUGCAUUUGCGGAGGGGUGGUGUCUCAGUGGCCUGUUUUGCUGGUUUCAGGGGGUGGCGCGUUCAAGUGGCGCAUGGGUAGCCGCGACGCUGUGGAGACGCAAUUGUGUUCGAGCUGAAGUCGAUCGAAUGGCUUUAGGUUAGCGCGUCUGGAACGGCUCGCUGCAAGGAGUGAAUGACCUUGAGGCAGCGAGGUCUUGAACAAUGUCGCCAGACCGGUCAUGAUGGCUGCCCGCUACAAACUUUCCUCCAAUGAGAUUACUGUGUAGUUUUUGGCGACGGUGGAGCCGGCUAGCUUACAGGGUGUCUUUUCAAUAUCAGUGGAUGUUUUGCCAUUUUCAGUUUUCUUAAUCGACAGCCCAAAAAAGAUAGGUUCUGCAGUUUGUCUGUGAAAGACUCGAAAAUAAGAUAUAUUUUAAGGGUAUCUAUCUAACAAGUGAGCUCUUGGGCGUUCCAUUUCAUACAGAUGACCCUUUACAACACAUUUUUAGACUCACCAAAUAUGACACCUCAUCAUCUGAUUAAAAUGGACGUAAGAAAUGUAAUAUUGCUCCAGCUGUUAAAGCCAUGCCUGUUCUGUUUCCAAACUACGCAUUAGCAGAAGACUAGAUGACACAGAAAGUAUAUUAACAUGUGCUAGUGAAUUCGAAUGGCCGUCUGGAGGUGGCCAUUUGCACCGUUUCUUAUAGAAUACCUGCAAAUGGCAGGAAAAUAUGGAUGUGUCAAAACAACGGAUUGCCCGUAAGCGUUGUUAUGGCUUUUAGGGCACAGAAUCAUAAUGAAUUACAAGUCCGAAUUUUUCAACUUUAAAAAAGUGCCUGUUGUGUUCAAAGUACUCUGCUUGUUCACAUCCAGCUUCAUCUGAAUUACGCGAAACAAAAGUCGGUUUCCAGGUGGGCGACGAUUGGUUCGGUAGACGUACCCAGUUCUCAUGCAGAUAGAGGUAACCUGGAUAGAGGUAAAAGUUGUGAAAGGUUCAUGCAUAAAAUUACUUAUAAACGUAUUCUCCAUACCAAAGGGUGCUUUUGUGGAACGAGUAAGGCGAAUAAGUAAACUGCACAACAUUUAGAAUGUCCCAAAAUGACUACCUCAAAUUGCUUCAUGAGGUUUUUAUGAGUUAGACCACACACUGUGUGCAUUCACAUUAAGAGUGGUAGUUUACGCAUGGUAGGGUGCAACCUUCGCGGUAAAUAUUUUGUCAGCCGGGCCGGCUGGCGUAGACAGGGAAAAACAGCAUGACUCCUUUUUAUGCACUUCCAAGGCUACAGACGUGUGCUGAUGGUCUAGCACAGUGUUUCAAGACGCAGCAAUGCGCCAUCAGUCCCCAACUCCGUUCUGGGCUCUCUGAAUCUCGCACAAUCUUCUCUACGCCAUCGAAAUAAUACCAGGCAUCGGGGUUGACUGCCAAUUUGAGCUUGCACUGCAAAAUUUAUCUCUUCCAACGUGUUCAUGUUUAUUUCAACGUUUUCAAUGCCAGUUAAAAUAACAGGUCCUAAGUACCCAGAAGCAUAUGCUGGUUUUACCCACACAUUUCUGUCGCCAGCUUAAGCCUCAACUCCAUCCAUCUCGUCCUGGAGCUGGCACACAAUUUUGCCAUGGAGGACAUAGUUGAGGCGUGUAUGCAGGGUUUUGCGAAUGCUUUCGAUGCUUGCAUCGACGAGAGCGUAAUCUGUGAAGUUGGAGAAGAGGAUUUCUGUUCUCUUCUGAAGAGGCCUGAUCUGCGCAUCAAGGGUGAGGCCUCCCUUCACCACGGCAUCGUCUGCUGGCUGGAACAUCGCUCCACUGAGGAGAACUUUCGAAUAUCUGGACAGGGCACGUUCGAGUGUCUUGCCUCCUAUCCGCAUCUUUUCGGGACAAUCUGUUCGCUCUUCCUGAAGGUGGAUACAGCCGUCCAUUUUAUGCAUUCUUCACAUGAGUUAUCUUUCAGGCAAGUUUCUUGUCCAGCAUAUCGGUAAUAUUCGCUGUAUUGCCAAUUAAGGUUUUCGGACUUUAGCUGUUGAGCAAUUGUUAGGCCGUCUGCAUCCAUACUUUUCAGGCAGUGCUUAUAUUACCUGAAUUCCGUGAUCUUUAGCCGUAAUUUCAGCUAGACGAAUUAUAGGAGUGAGUACAUCAAUGCCGAUCAGCAUGGAACAUAAUCCUCAAUUAAUUCAUGCACCAUAACCUGCUGGUUUUUUCUUGAGAAUCUCUUGGCAGCCCCAUGGAAAAAUGAUUACCGCUGAAGUGUCAAUUUUUUCCAUGGAUGGACGCCUGCUUGUAUCCAGACAGUCCAGUCAGACAGGGUGUAUAAACAUUUUACGUAGUGCAACUUGAUCAAGUUUAGAUGUUCCAGUUUUUUCUGUUAACAGGAGGGGAGCAUUUUAGCUUCCAAAUCUCAGUGAUAUGUGCAACCGUCGGAACACUCGUCACUUUCUAAAAAGCUCACUGAUGUAUUCUUUCAGGUUUAACAGCGGAUAUGCAUAUUCCAGUUAAUGGGAUAUGGGCGGCGGCACGAGGUGAAUGCUCCAGUAUUUGUAUUUAUUUGUGUGUUUUCAAAGGUGAAUGUUCGGUAGGUAUUGCAUCACAUGCAUAUGCCGGUGAUUUAGUUCCAUAAUGGCACUUAUAAAUGGUCCGCAUUGCCUCCUUUGAUUUCCAACUGUGUUUUUAAGGCUCUCGCUGGAAAACAUUGUGCCAUAUUUGCGGAUUUCCGAAGAACUCGGGUUCGCCGACGUAAUUGCCUUUAUUGAGUGGACAUUAUGCAAAAAUUUCGAAGAGUUUUCUACGACAGCCGAAUUCGCCAAACUAUCAAGCAGCCAAUUAAAACGCCUUCUGGCACAUGAUGACCUUGUCGUUGCCAAUGAGGUUACGGUCCUUCGUUCAUUGGUGACUUGGCUCAAUGCUCAGAUGCUGGACAGAGCUACCCGUCAGUCGGUGUUUGAGGACCUGUUUUCACUAAUUCGUCUGCUCCAAAUUCCCGCAAACCUCCUGCACGACGUUCUAUCGGAGCAAAGUGAAUGUUCCACAAGUGUCAAAUGUCGGUAAGUCUUCAGAUGUGAACUCAGCAAGUUUUCUUUUUCUUCUCAUCGUCAUCUUCCCUCUGUUUUUGCCCAUUGCACACUCUUAUGGCAUACCUUUUGGGUAUUAAUUCGUUUUGAAAACAAACUUUAAUUACCAAUUAGUUUUUGAAGAAAACACUGUUUGUUCCACAUUGUAUGAUCAUUCAACUCACCUGGUUGACGUCCUCGUAAGGGAAUUUCCUGACUCCACUUCUUGGAUGGGGAGGUCAUUCAGCAGGCUCAGCAGCUGUCUUCUCCGUCUGUCGUUAGUCCGGAGGACCUGUGCUAUUUGCAUCAUUUUGGAUUUCCCUUGAGGGCGAUGAACACCUCCUGAACUUCUAAAUGCGCUUCCAGCUCCCUUAGGCGAUAUUAACUCCUUAAGUCUUCUUCAAAUCAAUUGAUUGCUUUGACCUACCUGGCUGCCAUAGCUAUUUGCUACUGUCUUUUGGGAGUCUGAUUUUGCAAGUCUGCCUUGGUUGGGUUCCGCAUGGAAUAUCUCGGGCCAGCCUUAAGGUGUUUCCCCAGUAUUCUUUACUUACGUGGUACAUUGUGUGACCAUCCAAUCCCCCUGACAGCUAUCGCCACAGGGUAGCUUUCUGGCGCAUCAAGUGAAACUGUCUUAAAAAUUGCGCAACAAGUACACAUAACUUGCCUCCUUUGCUAGGGAACUCACUCAGCGGGCCCAGCAGCUUGCCAGCGCGGUUCAACAUCAGUCCUUCAGCCAGAAGAAGCACUGACAGCUACCUUUUCCAAGAAACCACGCGUCUACCGUGAUUCUGGCAGACCUGUGCUAUUUAUCCUGAGUCAGCUGCCUAACAAGGAAGAACAACACCUCCUGGAAACGUACGAAGCUAACCAAGAUGCCUGGAAUGCUGUUGUUAAAAUCGACUGUAUCUGUAAUGCGUCUGCAGUCGGCUGUGGAGGUAAUUUUUGUUCUUCGUUCGCUAGUUUCAAUCCAGACUGCAACCUGUUCGUCUUACCAGAGUACUCGUACCUACUUGCCUCCGCUAAUUUUAUUCAGACUUGUGCAGGCGCAUCUUUGAGCAUUAAGUUCCGCAUUCAUUUGUACCUACAAUAUUGCUUACAGUGUAUGUGCGUUUGUCGAAAACACCUGCUGAUCUGCGAUAUCCUGUCUGCGGUAUCCUACUCACAUGUCCUUCACCCACAUCGUCUGUCUUCCACCGCUUGAAUUUUAUCUCUCAGUUCUAACCUCAACAACCAGCCCUCGACCACGUUAAGUUGUCUCGACUGCAGUUACUCGUUGCAAUUGCUCGAUAUUUAUUGACUCGUAGGUACUUACAAAAACUUUGAAGAACUGCGUUUUCAAACGACGCCCCUCGGCCAAAGUGGAUUUGUUCCGGAGCUCCCUAUCUACAUACCCAACCGUUGAAAAUGGCCUGGACGACUGUUUCAGCCGACAUAUUGGGCAGAGGUUCUGCUUCACCCAUUUUAGUAAAAAAGUCGACCAUGGCUAAAAUAUAUCGGCUGCCUCGGUUUGAUGGAACUAAAGGUCCAAUUAUGUAAACCACAACGCGUUCAUUCGGGCAUCCUAUCAGUAUUGGCUGAGGGACCCUAUUAAAUUGUCGUGGUGAUUUAAGUUGGUUGCACAGGGUGCAGUACCGAAUGAAUUUGUUGUGUCUGGUUGGUCAACGUGUGGAAUUCUCCACGCCCUCGUUGACAUUCCCCUUUUCGAGCAUGAUCUGCGUUCUUUUAAUGAACUAGUUUUAUGUUCUGACGUUGAGCUGGAUGCUCGAGUUAUUCAAACUGUAACAAAGGAAUUCCUUGGCUAGGGUAUCCAUUGUUGAGUUUUGUACGUUUUUCAUUAUUACCUAUAUUCUAUCAAUAAUGCCGUAAAUACACCGACAUCACUUUUGGCUUAUAUGCGUCGCUCGGACUAGCAAAAAAGUCCAUACCAGUAGUAUCUUCGCCUAAGAGCCCACUCGGUCUUAGGGAUUCCAACGGGUCCCAAGAUGGGUGUGCAUUUGGUAAGAUCGCAGUUGGUAGCCAGACAUUAUGCGUUGAUACUGCCGACCUACGUACUUGUUAUCAGUAGGUGCGCUCUUACUGAUUUAGGCAGGUCGCUCGUUUCGGUCAGGCUGUUAGGUUUAGUGAGGGUUAGGUUUAGGCGUAGGUUAAGUUUUAGGAUUAAGGUUUGCGUUUUAGGGUCAGGUUUCAGUGUUAGGGUUAGGGCUUAGUUUCCCGUUAGGGUUACGGUUAAGAUUAGGGUUAAGGUUGGGGUUAGGCUUAAGGUUGGGGUUAGGGUUAAGGUUAGGGUUAGGUUCAAGGUUAGGGUUAGGAUUGUGGCUAGGUUUUGGGUUAGCGUUGGGUUUUGGGAUUUUGGUUACUUUUUCGGUUUUGAGGCUUAGGGUUAGGCUUUACGGUUGCGGUCAGGGUUGCAUUUUAGGGUUAAGCGUAGGGUUUAAACUUCUGCUAUUGUUCCACCUAUUUAAAAUUUCCCAGCACUUUUCCUGUUACCUUUACUUUUACCCAGAAACUCCAGCAUUCCUCUACCAUCCGUUCCGUUCACUCCACACAUAUAACCCCCUUUCCCACCAUUCCCGUACGACAGGGACCUGGCUGUCCGCCUCCCCAUUCCUGGCUACCAACUGCGAUCUAACCGUGCAUUUUAGUGAGGAUGUCAUCUACCAUGGAUAGUGGUAGAACAACACGCCGAGGAUACUGUUCACCAUCUUGGUAGAACAAAACCUCAUUGUCCAUGAACAAUUUAUACCACACGGUGUGCAGGCAGCGCGACUCGUAGUCGACUCCUCAGAGUUCGUGUGCACUCAGAGGUCGCGAAUCGUUCAAAUUCUUUUGGUAGAUAGGGCCGCAACGAGGAUGCUCCUGCUGAGCUUGAGCCUAGAGACGACAUUGAUCUACAACCAUACCAUAGUCUCGACCGUGAGCAUGUCUGCGUCCACCUCGAAGUUGAUUGGCCGGUUUGGAAGGCUGUGAUUGGCUGUGAACCAGACCGUCACUGAUACGCGCAUGCAAGUACGCGCGAGAGGCACAGCGUUGCAACAAGCGACCUGGGUAGGACCACUACAAGACAGUCCCAGUUUAAAUCAAGAAAAUUUCAUACCUUGCUUUACGGAGGCCUAAAAUUUUCAAUCAUAUUCAAGUAGAUGCAUGAGAACAGUUAGGCCGCCGGAAGUACGUCAAAAACACACCUUGGCAUUCGUUAGAUUACGGCGCGGAUAACCUGCUACUCUUUCCUCACUCCAGGCGAGAAAAUGCCCUCAGAGCUGAGUCAGGAAUUGGUUCGUGAACGUCAGAAAUUAAGUGAGGAACCCACACUCCUCUUCUUGUUCUUCUUCCUCUUCUCCUUACUUUUCCCUUUCACCACCACCACCACCACCACCACCACCACCACCACCACCACCACCAUUUAUCACUGUCCAAACGGGACUGAGCAUCUGUGAUGCAAACAAAAAUAGCCAACCACUUUUAAAAUAGUGGGGAAACAAAGUGAUUACUUAAGAAGAAUAGAUCCAAGUACCGAACGAAAUGUUCCUUCAUGUUUGCCAUCCUCUUGUUUGCAUUAUCAGCAGUUUGCAAACGAGCCCUGAAAAAAAAACAAUCAAACAGUGUCCAUAGAUUCUACUUCCCUUUGAAAAGGAAAUGUAUUUGAAUAAACAAUGACUCUAAGAUUAUUCGAAGUAGAAUAGCCUUUAUUUCUCUAAAUAUUUUUAUUCGAUAUUUAUCCGAAUUAUGCAGUUACUCCCGUUGGACGACGUAGAAACUUGCUUCACGGCUGAUAGCAAUUAUCCGUAAGUUCCAUGGGCGCUCUCAGCGAGGGCCUAUUGUUAAUAAGAACAGACGUGUGUGUUAAGAGGCUACGCUAGCCUCACUGGAAGAGUUAAGAGUCUUAACGACGAGGGACAAUAUCGAUUCACGCAUGAUGUGUGCUCAGAUCUAUUUGGGACAAAAAUUCAGUCUGCCUGAUAUUUCGAAGGUCAUAUCUUUUAUCAAGAUAAUCUAGUCUAAACGCGCAACAAUGUCGACAGUUUUGCUGGUGCGAAGUUUUAGGGUUCAGACUAAUCCUGUUUCCAUCGUUCGAACAGACUCCAUUUACACAUUCGGAGAAGCAAGCGGGGACAAGGACUGGCGAGUGCGGAUUUUUACACCAGCCACAGGCGAGCAGAGACGAGGCUCAGCGGCACCAGCAAAAGAGUCAUGUCUUCACGCCGUUGUUUUCGAUAAGAAGAUUCUUGUGGCCCGAACAGUCUACCGUACAAGUAUCUACGACCCCCUUUCAGACGCGUGAGUUUACUCUGCAGACCACUAAAGUAUUGAUGAUUUAAUACCAACUGGAAGGGGUUUCAUCAAUCAGAUUACGAAACAGGCCCGUCCCAUGGGUGAAUCUGGGGUUUUAGAUUAUUGAGAAAAAGAAAACGAGAGAGAGAGAGAGAGUUGUGGAAACUGUGACUGGGUGCAAUGCCUUACAGCAUUUAAAUUCAACGAUCUGGGGUAUUCGAACUUCAUGAGCCUGAUUACCCUUAUCCGACAAAGAAAGGUGUCCGUUCGGAACCCACGAUUACCCGUCUCGUCCUCCUUCUCGUGCUCCUCCUCCUCCUCCUCCUCCUCCUCCUCCUCCUCCUCCUCCUCCAAGUGUCGAUUCGUCUGAGCUGUUCCAUUCCCGUCGAAUAAAGUAUAGCUAGUAAAUACAUGUCAUUGGCAUUCACAUGUGGGUGUACUUCUACCUAUCUGUUCCCAUCAAGUGGCAUGCCCUUUUGAUUCUGACUUGGAAUUCCAGACUGCGUCCCCUUAGACAGUGGCAUGGAAACAAGAAAUUCAGGAUGAACUGCCAUGUCUGGUUUACUUAACGGCAUCCGUUCGUCGUCCCAAGUCCUGCGACACCGAACAUGUUUCGUCCUCUAACCAAUAUCGACCAAGCAUCACUCCUCGGGACUUCCGGUGUUCCCAAUCGCAGAUCUGGAAGCCAUAGCUUGACGAUGGAGCAUCGACUUCAACUGCCCGAUGGACAUCCGAUCCGAGCCCCAAUUGCAUGGCCUGAAAUUGGAAGAUGGCACACUUUCGACGGCAGAUAAAUCAACAGUGGAUAUUUUAGCCAUCCCUACCUCUAUCUACAUUCCAGCUGCACCGAUAGUUAUUUAGCUUAUUUUGCAAUUUACAGAGACCAGCAGUGAUAGAGGGGUUGGUGACUGACUGAACCUCUCUCAGACAUCAGCCACGACGACAAAUCCGAUAACAGGAUUCGUCUCUUUACCACCUUUGUUGUUGAUAAUCCUCAGGAGUGAAUGAUAAUUGCGCUGUUACGUCUCAAACCUCGCGGCUUUUGGAGGCAGUGAAAUUAUCCUGUUUCUCCGCGUUUCUUCUAGAUGGUCUGCUGGGCCAGGUUGCGAGUCAACUGUAGUGAUUUCCUGCUUGAUCUCCGUUCGCGAACGUCAUGUUCUGGCCUUGUGCACUCGCACUAAGAAUCUAAAAGCCUUCUGCUGGUCUUCGUUUCUCGUCGAACCUGACGCCAUAGGGAGCCAAGUGAAAGCAAAGAAUUGGACAGAAAUGCUGGCCCCUAGGUGCCAACCCUGUGAGACCAGCGGCGUAGAAGUUAACGGACGGAUUUUCGUGGCUGGGCUGACAUUCAAGGGCCAAAGUAACCAAAUAGCAAUGUUCAUUUCUGUGAACGAUGCUCACCCCGAUGCCUGGGUACCAGAGGGACAGUGGACUGUAAUUUCGGAACUGCGCUUACGCGGAUAUCACUUCAGCAUGGUCCUCGCCUCUGGUGAUAUUUACAUCACGAGUGAGUUCCUUGCGUUUUUACCGUUCGUUCUACCUAAUUGCUCCUCGGUUUGUCAUUCAUAAAGUGUCGCAAAAUUGUGUCUUAACAGAAUUAUUUGGUUUCCCAUCCACAAAGGAGGGUUAAUGACAGUGUAUUUUGACUUUUUCCUCAGGUGACAGUGAGGUGAAUUCCAGCAGCGGAGAGUAUGCAAUGGUUUUUCUCCCAGCGGUCAAGGAGCGUAGGCCUGGAGGGCCCUCAAAAAGUUUGUCGGUAUGUUGUCAGCUGAACCUUAUUGAAAACAGGAAUGCCGGCUGCGUCAUUGUCAACUGUCUGAUCAAAACUAAAGUUGCAUAAUCGGCAUCGCCCGUCCGCAUACUUGAGAGACAGAGGGUCGUUUGACGAUCUAAGGUCAUCAGUGUAGAAUGAGGAAAGGUGAGGGUAUAAGAUGGGACAUUGAGGAGCGCUACAGUCCGGAUACUACUUGACAGAAUAUUCCAAGCUGCUGCAACAACAGCUACAGUAGGUGGGCUAACUCUUGAAAUGUCAACCGAAAUGGGUUUUCGUUUCGAAAAGAUUAAUUAAGUAGGAUUGCAAAAGUAGUAAGCCUGCAACAUAAUUCUCUAAUAUUUCAGUUACCUCAGGAUGCCGGUUUUCGAAUGAACUUCCUUUCGGCUGAAUGCAAAAACUGAAUUGACAGGACUAACUCUUCUGACGCUUGCUUUUUACGUUCCUUCAGUUUAGUGACCGGCCAGACGAAAACAAAUCAGUGUUACCUGACGGAUAUAAAACAUGACUUUUUCAUCAGAAUCGAAGCCGCGUUAUACAUGGAUGUCUGCAUCCUCCUCUGUAGCUAUAAUUUAGCCAUUAAACUGUCCCUUUGUCACAAGAUAUGGUGGUUUCUUCUAUAAUGGGGAGUAUUCAGAUUGUUGGGGGGGGGGUAUAUAGGGCGUGAGUGUGCUGGGCCUGACUUCUAAUGAACCCUUGGCCGUUACUGCAGUGAAGGGUAAGGAGACGUUUCGAGCGUUGGAGCUAUGUUCUGGGAAGCUUGUCCGACGGAAAAGUCCAAUUUUAUGCCUGCUAAUGUCACGAGGAUGCAAUUGUGAAGCAGAGAAUCCCGACGGUAUAAACCACAGAUUCACAGGAGAGCAUUUAACCCAAUGUUAGUUUGGCGAGUUUGAGUGUUCUGAAAGUAAAACACGCCUAUAAUAGUUGAGUCAUUAGGAAUUUCCAUAAGUGAAGGAACAUUUUCUGCUAAAACAACUUAAUUCAUAGGAUUUGUGCCACUGGAUUUAGGACAUUUUUUGAAAAAAGCCUACAGAUAUUAGUACCUCUUCGGUGGAAUAAAAGGUACUUAGACAAGUCCACCUAUGUGUGGUUGCUUUGUUGAUGGAAAAUUAGAAUUCUAGGACAUAGCCCACGAUAUUAGCUCUGAACAUGGGCCUAGUCGGUCACAUGUGCAUCCACGGAAGCCGAGAUCACAGCAGUAUCGACACCCUACCACACCCUGAACAACCAACAACCCUCCCGUAUUCAGCACUAUCAACCCCCCCCCAUACACCGACACGAUCACGGCUAAAAUUCUCACCACUCCAAUUGAUUCUACAGUCCCGAACGUAUCCUAUUCUCAUCGUCAUCGCACGUGUACAUCACGCGUCGGCCUGAUCGGUCACUUGCUAUUCCACCGCACAGAGUGACAAAUCAGUGUCAGAUGCACUAAAAUACACGCGCCGAACCUCAACUAGAAGGCCUGGAAUCCUGGAGAGAGAGAGAGAGUGAAGUCUACACUAUUGAAUAAAUCCUCACGGCACAUAAGCGUAUUCCCUACUAUGACUAAUUUGAGUACAAAAGGGAAACGAAGAGAGGUUCGACUGGAGACUGAGAUGGCCCUCAUGGACUUGUGUGAGGCCUCUUUAGGGGGACAGCUUGGACAAGAGCAUUUUUGCACGCGUCAUACGCCUUGGUCAGUACGUGGUGCUUGUGUCUGUGUGGCGGAUGUAAACGGCCUGUCAGGAGUUAUCAAACACCGCGCCUACGCCCACCUGUAGUCGUCCCGGCAUUGUCUUGCCGUCGGAGCAAGGUGGGCGAGGGGAGGGAGAGUGUGAAAGAUUUUGCACAAGUCUGCCUCACCAUAAACUGAUUUACGCAGUAGUCACCGUUGCUGCUCACAAUCCACAAGGCACUCGACAGUCGAGCUGUCAUGGUGUGACAGCAGGUGGUCAUUCAUUUCUGACACCCCAUCACCUGAUGUCGACCCCGGGCAGACUGUCUGUUCGUCUGUGGUUAAAUCCCCCUCUUCAUCUGCCCACACUGUUCACGCACAUGCCCUCACCGCAUAGGCCCACUGGGUCGCAUGCGCAUCCAUGAAAACCUACGGUAAAUCGCCGCAGACACGACCACACCGCUGCACAUUCCCCCAUCAGCACAUGCACCACGCAUACAACCCUCCAAAACCCCACAUCAUCGAUAAUUCUCGAGUAAGUGGGAAGUGGGCUUUUCGUCUCAUUUCCCCGCAUGUGACUCCUCCGCUACAUAUGAGAUCCGAGCGCUCUACUCCCUUGUGUGUGAAAUCCUGGUGAGUGCUUGUGGGAGGCCGGGCGGUGUGCAUGUGUGGCGCCUGCAAACUGGCUCUCUAGCUCUGCCAGCCGCUGCGCCCACUUCGGGCAUGAGGAAUCUGAACAGCUCGGACAGUUGAGUGGUGACUGGGAGUGGGAAGAGAGAGAGAGAGUGUGUGUGGAUUCGAUGGUCUCAGCGCAUAGUUCUCCCUGUAAACAGUCUGGCGGGCCUGAAUUUAGAAUAAUGCGCUAAAAGUUGUGACUUGGAAGGUUGUCAACUGACGGGACAACUCUGAACGUACAUGUAGGCUAUAAUGGCUCCUUCUUAGUGUGAUCCAUUCGGAAAUCCCACUCCGCAGAAUUCGAACCAGAUGUGGCAGCACGUCCAGGUGCGAAUUUUUGCUGUGCUACUCACCUGCACUCUCUCACAACUCGGGUCUGUUUGCCACGGGACUAAGGCGGGAAGGUGGAGAGAUUACGGCAGAUGCCAUUUAAGUCUAAUAUUGUUGUAGACGAAUUUGCGCGCUAUUCAUCGUCCCUGCUCCCGCCCUGCGGUGGACAUCGUCAACAACGGAGGUAGAGGCCAUUUAAUUUUAAUAUCGCUGUAAAAGAAUUUGUGCGGCAUUCAUCGUCCCUGCUCUCGCCCUGCUCUGGGGCACACAGUGGACAUCGUCAGCAACGGCGGUCGAACUUUCGUCAUUGGCAGGUCUGAUAUGCCCGCUGGAAAGUCGAUGUUUGCAUAAGAAUCUUGCUUGAUUUUAUCUAGGUCAUUUUUGAUUUUUGCGUCCGCGACUAAUUUUAGAGAGCACACUCCGUUUGGACGAAACGGUUUUGCGGAGUUCACUGAAUGUUUGCAAACCUUUGGUGACGGAAUACUGGUUCUUUAAUUCAAAUCCGGCAAGGUCACUUGUUCAUUUAUCUAAAAGUGUUCUUUUCGUCUUCUUUAGGACAUCUCAAUGUCAUCAUGGAGGUGGUGGCCGUUGGCAAAACCGGCGGGCGGUUCUAAUUAUGAAUAUGGUGGUGUUUUUCUCCAGCCUACUCAUAAAAAUGCAACCGACAAUUAUUAA